AUGAGAAAAGUACUUGUUAUAUUUCUACUGGCUGGAAUUGCACUUGUUGUUAGAUCCUAUUGCUUUUGCACUUGUAUGGAUAAAGUUUAUAAAAGCGAGAGCAAUUUAAUUAGUUCUGGGAGUUUUGGCUUUGUUUGCAAAGGCAUCCUCAGAGAUGGCACCUUUAUUGCUGCUAAAGUGUUCAAUCUGCAAUUGCAAGCAGCAUUUAGGAGUUUUGAUACAGAAUGCCAACUUUUGCGCAACUUUCGCCAUAGGAAUCUCACCAAAGUCAUCACUAGUUGUUCCAAUCUUCAAUCUAAAGCUUUGGUACUUGAGUACAUGCCUAAUGGGAGCCUCGAUAAGUGGUUGUAUUCACACAACUACUUCUUAGACAUCGAGCAUAGGUUGAGUCUAAUGAUAGAUGUGGCAUGUGCAUUGGAAUAUCUUCACCAUGGAUGUUCAUUGCCAGUGAUUCACUGUGAUUAG